AGUUGUGUUCUGUUGGAAUGGGAGAAGUUUGGUACGCUUCUUUGUGGUGUUUUGUUUCACCCACUACCUGUGAACAUGGUCGGCCUGGCGGGUUGUCUAAGCCGGCCCACCAAUGUACUGUGGGUUGUUGUGUUGGGUGGUCCUCUGUGUUACAGACAGAGUUGUGAGGACGCCCUGGACUGGAUGAUAGUUGGGGUGGUGACAUGUCAGGUGUGCUACGGGGAUUCGAAGAGCGUCAGUGUGGGCCACUGAAGUCGAAACACUUCAAGCAAUAAACACCUGUUACGAUUUGUGGUUUAUUACACAUUUGGAAUCCCCAACAUUUCGACUUCAACCACAAUGGGCUGGCAAGAGGAGAUGGAAUUGUUAAAGAGGAAGAGGGCCAUUGCCAAAGGGAAAUUCACAAGAAAGGUGACCCUGCUGGAUGAGGGUGUGCGGGAAGGUGAGCCAGUAUCAGUGUUGAAGAGUAACUAUGAACAGAUUUCUGAGGCCUUUCAACACCUAGAAGACAGUAAUGAUGUGAUAUUAAAAUAUGUGUGUGAUAAUAAAUUAGAAGACAAGUUAGUUAAGGAGGCUGAAGAAUACAUGCUAGAUUGUGAAAGAAUCAUGAUGAAAAGACUAACAGAAAUUAGUAACAUUGAAAACAUACAGAACAGUGUCAAGCCUAAAGUGAAGAUAAAGGCAUUUGAGCCUCUUAAAUUUGAUGGGAAUUUAAGAGAGUACCCUCGUUUUAAGGAGGACUUUAAAAAUCUAGUCAAAAGUUUGUAUGGUGAAGAUGCGUAUGCAUUGAAAAUGUGUCUCAGUGGUGAUGCCCUUCAGACUGUCAGAGGUGCAGAAGGUAAUUAUGAAGAAAUGUUUGAAAGGUUAGAUGACAAGUUUGGAAAUGCAAGAAAGGUGGUGGACUUGGUAAUAAGUGACCUUAAGGCUUUGAAAAGGAUCAAUGAAGGUGAUACCAAAGGAUUUAUAAGGAUGGUGGAUCAGGUGGAACAGUGUUGGCUAGAUUUGAAAAAUAUAAACUUGAAUGAGGAACUUAAUACUGCUAAUGUAGUCAGUCAUAUUGAGGUGUUGCCCACACUUCAGAAGAGGGAGUGGGUAAUAAAGGCAGAAGAAGUAUCUGCUACUAGUGAUCUCUUUCCCACUUUAUUGAAAUUUCUGCAAAGGGAGAGAAAGGUAUUGGAGUAUAUGAAUUCUAGUGUCAGAUCUACUGGUGGUGAUAGAAGUUCAGUACAUCAUGUAAAUAAUUCAGCUGACAAGGUCAUGGAGUCAGAUCUGGUAACACUAAUAAAACAGAUGAAGGAAGAGCAACAACUAAAUAAUAAAGAUUUAGAGUCAUGUAUUGUAAAUUUGACGGAGAUGGUGAAAGGUACCCACUUGAAGACUGGAAAUAAUGAGGGAGGAUGCUGGAUUCACAAUUCCAGGAACCAUGAUACUCUUGAUUGUUAUAAAUUUAAGAAUCUCAGCAACAAGGAGAGGUUUGAGUUAGCUAGAAGCAAUGGAAUAUGUUUUAAAUGCUUAAAGGGAUAUCAUCAGGCAUGGAAUUGUAAUACAAACAAGUUGUGUGAUGUCAGGAUCAGGGGUCAAGGUGUGUGUAACUGUCAUCAUCAUCCACUGGUGCAUUUUGAACAGGAAGAAGGUGCUAGUCAUAAUACAGUAUCUGCAAACACUCUGAACACCUUAUUGAAUAUCAGUACUGUGUACAGUAACACUCAACCUAUAACAGUACUGUGGGAUUCAGUACAUAACCUUGGUGACACACAGUAUGGCAGAAAAACUAAGUUUGAAGGCCAAGGAUGUGAAUUUAUCUAUGAUCAAGGUUGGCAAUGUAAUUGAACAUCAUUCUACCAAAGAAUAUUGCAUACCACUGAUUGAUAGGACUGGGCAUGUAUGGGAAAUUAAUGUCAUUGGUAUAGAGGAAAUAUCUGCUAAAAUCAGUGAAUUUGAUGUGUCAGGAGUUAAGGAGUUAUUUGUAGGAGUAUCAAACCAUGAUAUUAAUCGCCCUUGUGGUGAGAUUGACAUGCUGAUUUGGGCCAAUUACAGUGAAUUAUUGCCUAAAGUUGUUCAGACUAAUGAAGGUCUUCAAUUGUUAGAGAAUCCAUUUGGGUUCAGUAUACGUGGCAGACACAGCAAAAUAACAGCCUCAGGGAGCACGACGAACCAUGUGAUUGUGAGAACUCACAAGGUGUCAAGCUCAAUAAGCCUCAAUGAGAUCAAGGUAGAACCUACAGAUAAACUUAAGUCACAAUUAGAUAAAUUCUUUGCUUUAGAGGAGAGUGGAGUGCAGUGUGACACAAGAUGCCUUAAAUGCCUGUGUAAGGGUUGCCCUGUAAGUGACAGUGUCAAUAUUUAGGAAGAAAGAGAACUGAAAUUGAUUGAGAAGGGAAGUAUUGGACAGCAAGCUAUCCUUGGAUAAGGGACCCGAGACAUCUUAAGAACAAUGUAAAAGUGGCUGUGGCUAGAUUAAAAACUACAGAAAAUAGACUGAAAAAAUUGGAUAUCCAGUAUGCCCAGAGUUAUCACAGUGAAAUCAAGGACAUGGUGAAAAGGGGGGUAGCGAGACAAUUAAGUGAAGAGGAAAUGGAGUCAUACAAUGGCCCAAUUCACUACAUUUCCCAUCAUGAAGUAUUGAAACCAGAUUCUGCUUCAACACCUCUGCGUAUUGUAUUUAACUCAUCUUCAUCAUACAUGGGACAAAAACUUAAUGAUUUUUGGGCAAAAGGGCCAGUUGUUCUUAACAACAUGAUUGGAGUCUUGCUAAGAUUUAGACAGGAAAGGGUUGCCAUAACUGGUGAUAUAUCAAAAAUGUAUCAUUCUGUGAAAAUCAACACACUGGACCAACACACACACCGAUUUCUUUGGAGAGAU